AGAGAAAAGAGACAGUUAAAAGAGCCAAAGCAAAAGAGAAAGGAAACAGAGAGAGAGAGAUCCAAUUGAGUCCGCGACCGAGUCAGGGUCACGUCAAUGUACUGAGUUAACACUGUUUGUUAGAGUCGAUCCUGACCGUUAGAUCGUGCCGAUAUCAAUCGUCCGGUUCUUCUUCGUUUCCUCCUCUCUCGUUCUCUCUCUCUCUCCCCCCCGUUCGUAUUGGAAAUAAUUUGAAGCGGAUAAUCCAAAGGAGCGGUCGGGCCUGGUCUGGUCGGGUUUUGCGGUUAUUCUUGUGUUGUGGUUUCGGGAUUUUCUGAUUUGAGCUCUGUGAAAGCUUGAUUACAGUAUAAUGGAGCUUUAUUGAAGCGGGGUUAGUGUUUUGAAGGUUGAGAUAAUGGAGGACAUUUGGGCAAGAAAAAUGAGCCAGGGUUAUUUUUUUUUGUACUAGAUUUUGAUAAUUUGUUGAUCUCUUUGGAUUGGGUUUAUUUUGGUUCUCCCUCAUAGAGUUACAAGUUUAUUGAGGGAGAAGAAGAGGAUUGAACUGUGUAAAACCCUAACUUUGCCGGGUGAAAUGAAAACCUAGAAUUUGUGGAAGAGAAAUGGAACAAAGUUUGUAGCCUAGAGAUUGGAAUAGAAAUAUUGCUGGAGAGAAAAUCAAUGGAAGAUUUUUCCAAGUAUGCCCAUAGCCCUGCUCAUUUGGCAGUUGCAUGCCGAGAUUAUGCUACUCUUAAGGGAAUUAUCUCAACUCUCCCACGGCUUGCCAAGGCUGGUGAAGUUAGUAACGAAGAAGAGUCUCUUGCUGCUGAGCAACAGGCUGAUGCUGUCUCGGCUGUCAUUGACCGCAGGGAUGUUCCUGGCAGAGAGACUCCUUUGCAUCUGGCUGUCAGGUUGCGGGAUCCAAUCGCAGCUGAGAUUUUAAUGGCGGCUGGUGCUGAUUGGAGUCUGCAGAAUGAGAAUGGCUGGAGUGCACUUCAAGAAGCGGUUUGCACGAGAGAGGAGUCAAUUGCCAUUGUAAUUGCUCGGCACUACCAACCUCUUGCUUGGGCAAAAUGGUGUCGUAGGCUUCCGCGAAUUGUUGCUUCAGCAGCUCGUAUUCGUGAUUUUUACAUGGAGAUCACGUUUCAUUUUGAGAGUUCUGUCAUCCCAUUUAUUGGACGCAUUGCCCCAUCAGAUACUUACCGCAUUUGGAAGCGUGGUUCUAACCUCCGCGCUGAUAUGACUCUCGCCGGCUUUGAUGGUUUUCGCAUUCAGAGGUCAGAUCAAACAUUUCUAUUUCUUGGGGAGGGAUACUCCUCAGAGGAUGGCAACAUAUCUUUGGCACCAGGUUCUUUGGUUGUUCUUGCUCAUAAAGAAAAAGAGGUGACAAAUGCUUUGGAGGGGGCUGGCGCCCAACCAACUGAAGCGGAAGUUGCACAUGAAGUGGCUUUGAUGUCUAAAACUAAUAUGUAUAGGCCAGGCAUUGAUGUCACUCAGGCAGAGCUUAUUCCAAACUUGAAUUGGAGACGGCAAGAGAGGACUGAAAUGGUUGGAAAUUGGAAGGCCAAAGUCUAUGACAUGCUUCAUGUGAUGGUCAGUGUAAAGUCAAGACGGGUUCCUGGUGCUAUGACUGAUGAGGAGCUUUUUGCAGUGGAUGAGGAAGAGAGAUUAGGAAAUGCUGCUGAAAAUGAUGAGUUUGAUGACGUGUUGACUGCUGAGGAGAGGAAACAGUUAGAAUCUGCACUUCGUAUGGGGAACUCUGAUGGUCUUGGUGAUGAUGAGGAACCUGGUGUUGUUGAUAGCCAAGAAAAUGGCUCAGGAGGUGUAUAUGAAAAUGGUGAAUCUAAUGGUGCUGUUAAGGAGAAGAAGAGUUGGUUUGGUUGGAAGAAUAAAGGUUCUAAGAACACUAAUGAUGAUUCUGAAGAUUCGAAGAUUUUGAAAAAAAUUUCAAAUUUGGCCCCAGAAGGUGGCGCCCAGAAAUCUGACGAUCACCAAAAAUCAUCAGAAUCUGCCAGGGAGGAUACGGGGGAUGCCAAGAAAGGAAAAGAUAAAAGCAGCAAGAAGAAAAAGAAGAAAGGGCCCAGUAGUGAAUCUAAGCAUGAGAGUGAGUACAAGAAGGGUUUGAGACCUGUCUUGUGGCUCACACCAGAUUUUCCUUUGAAAACCGAGGAGCUCCUGCCUUUACUUGACAUAUUAGCCAAUAAAGUCAAGGCUAUUAGGAGACUCAGAGAGCUUUUGACAACAAAGCUUCCUCUUGGAACAUUUCCUGUCAAGGUCGCCAUCCCUAUUGUCCCAACUGUCCGGGUGCUUAUUACUUUUACAAAAUUUGAGGAGCUACAGCCUUCAGAAGAAUUCUCAACACCUCUCUCCAGCCCAGCGCAUUUCCAAGAUGCAAAGUCCAAGGAAUCUGAGGGGGCUUCAUCAUGGAUUUCAUGGAUGAGAGGGAGUCGAGGUGGGCAAUCAAGUGAUAGUGAUAGUCACCGGUACAAGGAUGAAAUUGACCCUUUCCUCAUACCAUCAGACUAUACUUGGGUUGAUGCCAAUGCGAAGAAACGCCGCAUGAAAGCCAAGAAAGCCAGGAACAAGAAACAUAGGAGAGGUUAUCCUGCAUCACAGGCUGCAGCCAGAGGUGAGGAUGGGCGGGCGCAUCAUUUGAGUGAAGAUGUGGAAGAAUAAUUGGAACAAGUAGUCCGAGGUACUUGGCCACUUCAAAAUCCUUUGCAUAAUAGGAAAGGGAGGUAAGGCUCUCUGGCACAUACACUUGUGACUUGUGAUGGAUCUUCGUGGAAUGAAGCUGUGGAUGAUUUACAGGAUGUCUGUCAGGCGAUUACUUCAUUAGGAAGACUGCUGCUUCUUCUGUCUAUUUUUGUGUGAUGUCAAAAUGGGGAGGCACAAAAUCUUCUUUCCCCCCUUUAAUAGCUCACUUUCUUUCCCUUCCCCCCCAGACAUCAAUCCUUGUAUCUAAGCUAUCGCUUAUCAAGUUUACAUUUUUGUGAUUGUCAUUCUUUCCCUCCUGGUUAAAUUGACAGUUUCUUAAAGCUAUAAUGAUUUUGACUUUUAUAAAA